AUGGCUACCAAUACCAACUCCACCCAGCAGACCACACAAUCUGAUGCGUUUCUUCAAUGUUGCUUUGUCAUCAUGAAAGCCCAGGCUAAGGACAAGAAAGCUGACGCCCUGACUCGUGUCGUCGUCCACAGCCUCCUCAGCUUCAACAUCCUCGCCAUACCGCAAAGAGAACGCACACUGUCGUCUCAGAAUAUACAACCGAUUGUCGACCGCGUGUUGAGUGAUCCCUCCGUGAGCCGUUCGGGGAGCGCCACGCUUCCGUCAGGGGAGAGUGUGACCUACACGUAUGUACCAAUGACUGGUGGCGCCUAUGGGAGCGGAGGGAACAAGCAAGGGGGGGGUUGA